AUUUACUUAUGAUUCUCUCAUGAUGUGUUUUUAGUAAGAAUGCCAUUGUAUAUUUUGGCUGAUAAUAUAUAAGCACAAUGUUUGGGAGCUUUAUUUACAAGCAAAAUACAAAUACAACUAACACUUGCACAGUGUGCUGACGCAGCGAAGCCUUGACCGUUUCAUCUCCACGAGCAACUGGCAUUUUUACGUGAAUGGCGUAAGCAAGGCUGCUGCUGUGAGAGGGAAAUUUCAAUGACAAUGAUCCUAUUUCUGACUCAUCGUACAGGAUCGCGCCUUUUACACAGACAUAUACAAAAAGAACAAGAAUUGCGGAACAAGUAUUGCAUCAGAACAGCAAUUUUUUUAGCAUGCGUUUCUGGUAUGCUAUCAAACAUUAUUCGCAAUGUUGUAUAAUGUUGUUGAAUAUUGAAAUUAUAAUGUUUUACAAUAUUGUUCACUACAAUAUUGUUGGAGACAUAGAUAGUAAGCAACCUGGACAGAAAAUCACUAUUAAUUAGUACCCGCAUUCUUAUUGGAGUAGAUGAUGUCAUUCAAUGUGUCCGCGUGCUUUUGAAGAUCGAGGAUUUCUCUUUUUAGUUAUUCAUAUAAUGAUUUCUUCACGAAUUUUCAUUGGAUGGUGCAUUAUUUUGUGUGUGAGCAUUUCCGUGAGUUUCAGCUCCUACUGGGAGAAUAAAAUAGGAGGAGACAAAGACAAGUCCUGUAUUACUAAUGCCGACUGCUCCGAAAAUGAAUGCUGCACCUUCGAAGCUGUACCCACACUUGAUGAUACUACAGAUAUAAUAUGGAAAUGCAAGCCUCUUGGAGGACUAAAAGAUCUUUGUCAUAGUCUGGGAAACGUGCACUGUCCAUGCCAACCCGGCCUACGAUGUAUAGCCAAAGCUGUGUGGUUCUUCGGUUCUGGAAUGUGUGGAGAAAAAUCCAAAUUGUGAUUUCAGCACCAUAAUAAAACAAUCUAGAACAAAAAGUAUUUAAAAAAAAGAAACAGAAGCAGUAUUCAUAUUCUUCAAAUCAAGGAGAAAAUAACUAUCUGUCUUUCUGGGACGAAAAAGUGUUGUAUGAGUAAAUCACGAAGCAGAAACAACGAACUUUCUAACAGUGCUUUUGUAAAUUUGUAAUCUCACGAAUAUUUUUGUGGCAUUAUAAAUAAAAU